AUGUGCUACAGGAGUAAUAGAAAACAGGCCUUGGCCAUGCUGGUCAUGCUCUUCCUCACUUGUGCCAGUGCGUGUCUGCAUGAGCGUUUCUUACAUACAUCUUCGAUCAAGAAGCGGGACACCCCCUUGACCCCAUUGAGUUCAGAGGAAGCCAUCCUCGUGAAUGCCAUCUCUAACACGACCAUAUCACAGUGGUCUUACUACUACACCCAUGGCGCACAUCUUGCCGGUAAAAACAUGUCCAUGGCAGAGUGGACGGCGGAUCAUUGGAGAGAAAGCGGCUGGAAUUCCAGCAUCGUUUCCUACGACGUCUAUAUAAACUAUCCCAUUAAUAAGUCUUUGAGCUUGGUGUAUUCCAAUGGCACUACUUAUACGCCGGACUUGGAGGAAGCUGUGUUGAACGAGGAUGAGACAACUAGUUAUCCUAAUCGAAUACCUACGUUCCAUGGGUAUUCCGCCAACGGCAGCGUCAAUGCCGAAUUCGUCUAUGUUGGACGCGGCCAACAGGUUGACUUUGAUAGAUUGAACGAACUUGGUGUCCCCUUAGAAGGCAAGGUCGCCGUCGCGAAGUAUGGAGGCCCCUUUAGAGGAUUGAAGGUGAAGAACGCGCAAGAGAAUGGUAUGAUUGGCGUAAUUAUUUUCACGGAUACUUCAGAUGACGGGAACAUCACUGAGGCCAACGGGUUUGCCGCGUAUCCUGAUGGGCCGGCGCGGAACCCAUCUGCUGUGCAACGAGGGAGUGUGGAGUUCCUAUCGACAUACCCAGGUGACCCAACAACUCCUGGCUACCCCUCGAAGGAAGGCUCACCACGUGGAGACCCAUCACCGGUCCUCCCUAAGAUACCUUCAAUCCCAAUAUCCUACGUAAAUGCGAUUCCAAUUUUGGCCGCUCUCGACGGACAAGGAACACCCGGUACUGAGGUCAACCGCACAGGUUGGGUGGGCGCGUUGAACGUGUCUUACAGUACCGGUCCUGCCCCUGGUACGACGAUCAGCAUGUCAAACUUCAUGGAAGAUAAAUAUACCCCGAUCUGGAAUUCGAUUGGGAUCAUUAACGGCACGAUCGCAGACGAGACGAUCGUGAUAGGCAAUCAUCGAGAUGCAUGGAUUAUCGGAGGCGCCGCUGAUCCUAAUAGCGGCACUGCGAUCAUUGUCGAACUUGCGAAAGCAUUCGGCGAACUCCUAUCUCAAGGAUGGAGGCCAAAACGAAACAUCGUCCUCGCCUCGUGGGAUGGGGAAGAAUACGGUCUACUUGGUUCGACCGAAUGGGUUGAAGAAUAUGUUCCAUGGCUCAGUGAGACGACAGUAUCGUACUUGAACAUUGACGUCGGCGCAUCCGGACCUUGGCCUUAUAUAGAAGCAACCCCUGAGCUACACACCAUCGCGACUGAUAUUAUGAAGAAAGUUUUAUGGAUGAAUACGAAUCGUACCAUGUACGACGUCUGGCUUGAGUACACGGAAGGAUCCAUUGGUGUACUGGGAAGUGGUAGUGACUAUACUUCUUUUGUCCACAACGGAAUCGGUUCUAUUGAUAUGAGCGCCGGACCAGGCGCGACGGAUCCUAUUUAUCACUACCAUUCCAAUUUCGACUCUUAUCAUUGGAUGACGACAUUUGGAGAUCCUAGUUUCCUAGCACACAAAUCUAUGGCCCAAUACCUGACACUCUUAGCCUAUAAUCUCUCAAAUGACGAUUUGAUACAAUUCGACCUACCUAACUAUGGUACGCAGCUAGAGAAAUAUUAUGAUGAUCUCAUUUCAACGAUCAACUCAAAUUCUCAAGACCUAGACACCUCUAUGCUGCAGGAUGCAAUAGAAGAGUUCAAGACUGGAGCGACGGAAGUGCAGGCAGCUGCACAACAGGCAAUAGCAACAAAUGACUCUGACCUCCUGACACUGGUGAACCACAAAUACAGAGAUUUUCAGCGUGGCUUUGUAUCUCAAGGGGGUCUUCCGAACCGUGAAUUUUAUCGACAUCUUAUUUUCGCCCCCGGACUUGACACAGGGUACGCGGCAACAACAUUUCCCGGGAUAACAGAAGCAGUGGAAGCUCAAAACACAUCGCUCGCAACCCAGUUUCUUCAGAAGACUGCGGAUGCCAUUUUGGUGGCUGCAAACAUAAUCAAGACCUAG